CCAAUUAUAUAUAUCAGAAGCAAGGAAGAGAGUGGUUUUUGUUGCUCAACAGAAACCAACCAAAGGUUAAGCCAUGUCCACCUUUCUACAAAAUUCUCUUUCGCAUGAAAGUUUCUAUAUUCAUUCCCUAUGCUUUUCUUCACUGUCUUUCUCCACUAUUACUUAUUUUAUUCCUUAUUUCUCUUUUCUUCAUAAUCAAUUGUUGGUAUUAUUAUUUUUUUAGUUUGUUCAAAAUAAAGUGUUGGUAUUAUUUCCAACAAUUCUUUUGUCACAUCAAAAAGCCUAUCUCCUUCACCUCCAAGAUUUCCUCUAGUUGGCAACUUCCAUCAACUUGGCUUAUUCCUUCACCGUGCACUCUAAGAUUCAGCUCACAAAAAUGGCCCUUUAGUGCUUCUUUAUUUUGGGAAGGUUCCAGUACUUGUGUUUGCUGAUGCAGCAAGAAAAGUAAUAAUGAAAAUCCAUGACUUGCUUUUCUCUGAUAGACCACAAAAUAAAAUCCUUGAUAUCAUAUUGUAUGGUUCCAACUUCCAAAUAUGUAGCAAGUUGUGCAAAUGGUGAGUAAUGGAGACAAGUAAAGGUGUCCGUGUGUUACACUAUGUAAGUAACAAAAGAGUUCAAUCUUAUUGUGCGUGAGAAGAAGAAACUUUAAGAAGGAUUGAAUAUUUUAAGGAGUCUUCUGUGUCGUCGGCGUUGAAUUUAACUGAGUUUUGUACUCUACAAUUACUAAUGAUAUUGGGUGUACGGUGUUGUUAGAGUUUGGGGGAUUAUUGGGUAGUGUAUGUAUGGGAGAUUAUAUACCUUGGCUUGAUUGGUUGGGAAAAGUUGAUCGUUUUUAUAGCAGGGGCAGAAAAAUGUACCCAAAAUUUGGAUGAGUUUGUAGAAGUAAUUGAGGAGCACAUCAAGCAUGGGUCAGAUGGAGAUGUCGGUUUGAUAGAUGACGAACGAGCACAGUGAUUUUUGUGGAUGCUAUUGGCUUCCCCUAUUGAUAGAAUGGCAAUCAAGGCUUUGGUACUAGGGUCAAGAUUCGAAGUAACACUCUAGUUGAUCGUUUUCAUUGAUAAAUGCAUCAUCUAGCUCAGGUUCAUCUAAAGAUAAACCCUCUAAUUGAUCAUCAUCAUCAGCAGGUACCGGUGGUUGUAGUUUCCUCUGCUGAUGCAGCAAGAGAAGUAAUGAAAACUCAUGACUCGGUCUUCGCUGAUAGGCCACAUCGUAAAAUCUUUGAUAUCCUUUUCUACGGUUCCAAAGAUGUGGCAAGUUGUGGAUAUGGUGAGUAUUGGAAACAAGUAAGAAGUCUCAGUGUAUUAAACCUUCUGAGUAACAAAAGAGUUCAAUCUUAUCGUCGUGUUAGAGAGGAAGAAUCUGCAAAAAUGAUGCUAAGUAUUCAACAGAAGAAUACUUGUGUGAAUUUAACAGAGUUGUGUUCUACAGUUACUAAUGAUAUAACAUGCAGGGUGGUUCUAGGCAAAAGAUACCGUGAUGAAGGUGGAGUUCUUCCGGAGCUAAUGUUGGAGUUUGGAGAGUUAUUAGUUAUUUUCUUUAUAGGAGAUUACAUACCUUCACUUAAUUGGUUGGGUAAGGUUAAUGGUUUUUAUAGUAAGGCAGAAAAAGUAGCCAAACAUAUGGAUGCAUUUUUUGAAAAAGUUAUUGAUGAGCACAUCAUUGGUAGUCGAUCUGAUGGCCAUGUUGGUGAAGGAAACAGUGAUUUUGUGGACGUUUUGCUUUCAGUUCAAAAGAGCAAUGAUACUAGCUUCUCAAUUGAUAGAACUGCAAUUAAGGGUUUGUUACUGGACAUGUUUAUUGCAGGUACUGAUACUACUUACACAGUCCUAGAAUGGACAAUGACAGAACUAUUAAGACACCAAACAGUGAUGCAUAAAUUGCAAGAUGAGGUGAGAACUGUGGUUGGUAACAGAACUCAUGUAACUGAGGAGGAUUUGGUUAGCAUGAACUACUUGAAAGCUGUGAUCAAAGAAACUCUUCGCCUCCAUGCACCAGUUCCGUUAUUAGUCCCUCGAAAAUCAAUGGAAGAUAUCAAACUAAAUGGCUAUGACAUUGCAGCUGGUACACAGGUAAUAGUCAAUGCUUGGGCAAUUGCAAGAGACUCUUCAAUUUGGGAAGAACCUCUAGAGUUUAAACCAGAAAGGUUUAUGAAUAGUUCAAUAGAUUAUAAAGGAUUGGAUUUUGAACUUAUCCCAUUUGGAGCAGGAAGGAGAGGUUGUCCUGGAGUGUUGUUUGCUAUUUCUAUCAAUGAAUUGGUUUUAGCGAACCUUGUUCAUCAAUUUGAUUGGAAAUUGCCUGAUGGUGUAGAAGGGAAGGAUCUGGACAUGUCUGAAACUAAUGGCCUUACUUGCCGUAGAAAAUACCCUCUACUUGCAGUUGCUACCAGAUACGACAUAAAUGAAUACAGUUAAAAUAGCAAGAAUGGCAUUAUUAUAUUAUAAAAUAAAGGUAAAAUUGUUUGAAAGUGUGGUUUAAUACUUAUAUGUUAUUGAAUGAUGUAUAUUGAUGUUUGAACUUUGAACAAAUUUAGUUCAAGUAAAGCAUCAAUUUAGUUUUUGAAAUUGUUAGGGGAUGUUAAUUUGAUCUCUCAAAUUUGCCAAUAGAAAUAAAGGUAUGUGAUGUUGUAAGGCGUUGUUCAAUUUAGUCCUCCUGUUAAAUUA